AUGUCUGACUAUUCCAAGCUCCCGGCGGCUGCCACCUUGGCCGUGCACUCUUUUACCGCGCAUGCAUCCGAGGAAAAGGUGCAGCACUUCAAGCAGCUACUGGAGCUGUCGCCCAUCGGGCCCGCCGUGUAUGAAAACACGCAGCAUGGGCGCGCAUAUGGCAUAACCAGAGACUGGCUGAAAGAAGCAAAGGAAAAGUGGUUGAAUUCUUUCAACUGGCGCAAGUACGAAGAGCGCAUAAACUCGUUUCCAAACUUCAAAGCUAAAGUCAAGGAUGCAGACGGCAGCAGUCUCGACAUGCACUUUAUGGGUCUGUUCUCUGAAAAGGCAGACGCAAUCCCAAUUGUGUUUCUCCAUGGGUGGCCCAGCUCGUUUGCAUCUUUUAUGGAUAUACUGGACCAUCUGAAGAACAAAUACUCUGCGAAAGACCUGCCCUACCAUGUCGUCGUUCCAUCCCUGCCAGGCUAUGCCUACUCGUCAAGCCUACCCACGGAAAAGGACUACGCGCUGGACAAGGCAGCUGGAGCCAUUGACAACCUGAUGAUUGGUCUCGGCUUCAAGUCUGGCUAUCUCGCGCAGGGUGGCGACUUGGGGAGUUUCAUCAGCCGAAUUCUGACCAUGAUGUCCGAUUCUUGCAAAGGCAUGCAUGUCAACAUGAUGACCAUUCCUGGCGGAGAGGAACCCAAGGACGACUUGGAAAAGGCCGCGCUCGACAAGGCAAAAGAGGUUGUCGAUACGGGAAUGGCCUUUGCCCUGGAGCAGGGCACACGUCCUGCCACAAUUGGCCUCGCUCUUAGCUCUAGCCCGCUAGCACUCCUCAGCUGGAUUGGCGAGAAGAUGCUCGCUUGGACGGACCAGGACCCGCCUCUGGAGAAGAUUCUAGAGACGGUCACCCUUUACUGGAUGACGGACACCAUCUCGCGGUCUUUCUGGCACAACCGAGCAAUGGCCGGCGCCGGUGACGAGCCGAAGAUGGCGCGCAUCACUGUUCUCACUUCGAUGUCAAUGAUCAAGCUUCCAUUUGUGCAGAAGCCGACUGGGUAUUCCAUGUUUGCCCACGAAAUUGUUCCGGUUCCACGCAGCUGGGCGGCUAAAACCUGCAACCUUGUCUUCUUCAAGCACCACGAGGCAGGUGGCCAUUUCGCGGCAAUGGAGCAACCUUUGGCUUUGCUAGAGGAUGUUGAAGAUUUUGUCAAGGUGGCUUGGAAACCUGUAGUGGAGGCUUAG